GUCGUCCUACACUGAGUGGUCUGAUUUAACAUUGACAUUAACAUUGACAUUGGCAUUGACAUCAACGUCGACAUCAGUAUCACGUCAAUUAUGAACUAGGGGCUAAAAACUCAACACCGUCACCCCACGACCCAGCAUCUACCUACCUGUAUUUAAAACUUUCAAUCAAUAGGGAGAAAAAACCAAACACCCAUAACUCCCUUUUUAUCUAGAAACUCCAAGCCUCGCACAAUAAAAAACAAAUCACCCAAAAUGCCCGACUCUAAACCCCCUCCGAAGAAAUUCGACCUAAUCAACCGCGGCGAGCGAAAGCCCACGCUCCUCGGAACCCUAACCUUCGUCGGGCUCCGGCUCCUCGACAUACCACUCCAACACGCCCUCCUCCUCCCCACCGGUCUCGGCGUAACCCUCCUCUCAAAGCUAGGAAUAACCCUCGCCUCCAGCACCAGCACCGGUUCCCUCAGCACCGGGCUCUCCUACCUCGACGUGCUAGGCCAGCCCACCAACGCGCUGCUAAUGCUCUUCGCAAUCGGGUCCAGCGCAAAGCAAAUCUACUGGCAACUCUUCGUCUCCAAAGAAUCCUUCCCGGCGCCUGCCGCCGCCGCCGUCGCCUUCUACAACAGCCUCUUCAACGCCUUAAACUCCUUGCUCUUCCUCGCGCUAGCAACCUCCUCCGUAAACUCCACCCCACAGCUCACAGUCCCCAGCUCCCUCUCCCUAACCGGGGUCCCCUACGCCCUGCCCCUCAGCACCGUCGUCGGGGUGUGUAUCUACACCUUCGGGAUAAUCCUAGAAGCCGUAUCGGAGACGCAACGACGCGACUUCAAGGACGCGCCCGCGAACGCGGGCAAAGUGUGCAAGGUAGGCGUGUGGCGGUGGUCCCGACACGUGAACUACUUCGGCUACUCGCUGUGGCGCGGGGGGUACACGAUGGUAGCGACGGGGUGGAUCGGGGGGCUAGCCGUCGGGAGCUGGCAGAUGUGGGACCUGGGCUACCGGGCGGCGGGCGUGAUGGACGACUACUGCACCAACCGCUACAAGGAGCAGUGGGCCCAGUUCAAGCGCGAGGUGCCGUCCAAGAUUGUCCCGGGCAUUUGGUAGAGGAGGGGAAUUACGUACCGGACGAGCUGACAAUUGGCUGCCUGUCUUGCUGUUGUUGCUGUUGUGAGACAUCGGAUGGGACACAGCCGCGACUACGGUGGUUCAUAUAGAUAGAUAGGUUGUUCAACACACCCACACCCCCUUCAAGAUCCUUCCCUACCCCGGGCAGACGCCUACCACACUAGACUUAGCGCACUAUACGCACAUAAACAUACACAUUAGACUAGCAUGCAAGAAUGAAAUUCAGUUUGUGUCAGUACAG